AUGAAGGGGGUGAAAGGAAGAUUUCUGAAGAAGCUCAAAUCGAUCAAACCAGUAGGGUAUCUCAAGCAAGAUCGAAUUCUCCAACUAAAGGCCUCGGAUGGGUAUGUUGAUUUUCUCCCAAAGAUUCCGAGUUUCAACCUGCAUGCCCCGUUUGUUUUCCGGGAAAAUAAGUCUGAGAAAACUGUUCAGAGCUGCGAGAAAAUGCAUAUGCAGGAGGAACCUGAGAUCAUAGACGUGGCAGAGCUGAUGAAAGACCUUGAGGAGGAUGAAGAAGAAAGGAAUUUGGAGGAUUACAAUGACAACAAAGAGAACAUAGGUCCGGUGAAACCUCUCCAACACAACAAGGGUGUUUUGCAGAGUGAGAACCGAGCAAAAUCAGAGUCAAAACAGAGAGGGGUUUUGGAGGAAAAAAAGUCUUCACCAGCAAGAGUUGAUAGUGACAGUAACAGAAAAACCAAAACCCAUUUGGUAGACUCUGACAUUCCAUCGUUCCGGAGGCCGGACUUGAACUCUGGGAGCCUAUUUGAUCCGAAUCUGCUGGCGGCGUUCGAGCAAGCCCUGAAGGAACAUGCUAGAAUGACAGAAGAACAUAGGAGAGCCAGAGUUGAAGAAGAAUCUUCACAGAAAGUGGAAGAUAAUGACCAUGACACUGACCCCAACCCUUUGAUGUCCUUUGAAGAGAAAUGUCCACCGGGGGGAGAUGGAACUGUGAUUUUCUACACCACAUCGCUUAGGGGAAUCCGGAAGACAUUUGAAGACUGCAACAAAAUUCGCUUCUUACUUCAGAGUUUCAAGGUUUUGUAUUUUGAGAGGGACAUAUCAAUGCACAAGGAGUUCAGGGAUGAGUUGUGGAGCAGUUUGGAUGGUAAAUUAGUGCCUCCAAGGCUUUUUGUGAAGGGAAGGUAUAUCGGUGGGGCAGAAGAAGUUCUUAGUCUGCAUGAGCAAGGAAAGCUGAGGAAAAUCUUUGAAGGGGUUCCAAUGGAUUACUCCAAUGGUCCUUGUGAUGCAUGUGGAGGGAUAAGGUUUGUGCUGUGCUUCAAGUGUAAUGGUAGCCACAAGGUCAUGGAGGAAAAUGGAGAGUGCAAUCAGUGCUCUCAGUGUAAUGAGAAUGGGUUGAUUCUGUGCCCUUAUUGCUGCUAG